AUCUACGGGUGCUAUAAGAUAAAACAUUCUCCAAUCCUAGCGAUUUAUUAAGGUCUCUAGAUAUCCAAAACUCGUUAUACGUCACCAGCGAAGGUGGAUCAUGUAGUGUUCCAAAGUUUAUAAAGCCCAAUGAGAACAAAACCUUGUGAAGGAAUAGCCCACGUUUGGAGGGAGACUUUUAAGGACGAGUUUCAGGCUGCUGUCAGCGACUUGGUUCUACAGUUAAGACGAGAGAAAAGAACCACGCGUCAGAGUUUGCACAGUAGCACGUGGAUGUUUUGAAAUGUUCCUUCUGGAGUUCAGUCACUUGUCAGCGCUGGUCACAGCACUCACGUCUGUGGUCUCAGCCCUGAUCCUGCUUGCUGUCUCCAGGCAACUGUGGACUGUCCGGUGGACCAAUACGCGAGACAAAGAGUGCAAGUUACCGCUACCAAAUGGGUCCAUGGGCUGGCCGCUGGUAGGAGAAACUUUCCACUGGCUCUUUCAGGGGUCCAACUUUCACAUCUCUAGGAGAGAGAAGCAUGGCAACGUUUUUAAAACUCACCUUUUAGGAAAGCCGGUUAUCCGGGUGACUGGUGCCGAAAACAUCCGUAAAAUCUUGCUUGGAGAACAUAAUUUGGUUUGCACACAGUGGCCUCAGAGCACCCGGAUUAUCCUGGGACCCAACACCCUGGUCAACUCAAUCGGAGAUCUGCAUAAGAAGAAAAGAAAAAUCUUGGCAAAAGUGUUUAGCCGCGGGGCUCUGGAGACUUACCUACCCCGCUUGCAAGACGUUGUCAAGUCUGAAAUUGCAAAGUGGUGCUCAGAGCCUGGCCCAGUGGAUGUUUACGCCGCAGCCAAGUCUCUCACAUUUCGUGUUGCGGUCAGAGUCUUGUUAGGACUGAAUAUGGAGGAAACACGCAUAGUUUACCUUUCUACAAUCUUUGAACAACUCAUGAACAACCUCUUCUCACUACCAAUUGACGCACCAAUGAGUGGCCUCCGCAAAGGAAUUAAAGCCCGGGAAAUCCUACAUGCGUGUAUGGAGAAAAUCAUAGAGGAGAAAAUACAGAAACAACAGUCUGAGGAGUACUAUGACGCUUUUGAUUAUAUGUUGAGCAGUGCCAAGGAAAACGGACAUGAACUCAGCAUGCAAGAGUUGAAGGAAACCGCGGUGGAGCUAAUAUUUGCUGCUCACUCUACUACAGCCAGUGCUUCCACCUCGCUCAUACUUCAGCUCUUGCGGAACCCCGCAGUGGUGGAGAAAGCCCGGAUAGAGCUGGAGUCAGAGGGUCUCGGCUACAACACACACAGCACAGACAGCUGGGAAGAAAAUGGUCUGAAAGGUGUUCUUGCGUUCAAACAAGUACAUAGGCCCCUAGACGCGGGGACCACCUCAUUGAUGAAUGGGAACGGGACUGUUCAUUCCGCAGCGGAUGAAAACGACGAGGCACAAUAUUCGCGGCAUCAUAUUCCUAUUUUAUCUAUGGAGAAACUGAGCCAGCUCCGAUACGUUGACUGCGUGGUCAAGGAAGUGCUGCGGUUUCUCCCGCCAGUAUCUGGGGGAUACAGGACUGCCCUACAAACAUUCGAAUUGGACGGAUACCAGAUUCCCAAAGGAUGGAGCGUGAUGUACAGCAUCCGGGACACACACGAGACAGCUGCAGUGUUCCAGAGCCCGGAGAUAUUCAACCCAGACCGCUUCGGAACGAUGCGUGACGAAAGCAAGACCGGGCGUUUCAAUUAUGUUCCAUUCGGCGGCGGAAUAAGGAGUUGUGUCGGAAAGGAACUUGCCCAAAUGUUAUUAAAAACGCUGGCCACUGAGUUGAUUGGCACGUGCAAAUGGAAUUUAGCUACGGAAACUUUCCCCAAGAUGCAGACAGUGCCGAUUGUACAUCCCGUCAAUGGACUGUAUGUGCAUUUCAAUUAUGCAUAGGCAACUCCGAGAGUUCAUUGAUGCAAUUGUGUUACUGAAGACAUUUACCUCAAACUUUUUCCAAUUGCAAUAUUAAGUUAUUACAUACGCAUGAACCAUAUCCUGUUUUUUUUUUUUAAAGAUGAUGGAAAUGGAAGAAACAGAUAGAUAGUAAUUGUAGAGUGGAACCAAGACAUGGUGCCUGGCUGGUGGACCUGUGAUGACAUGCUUAUCGCCAAAAUCGCCUUGGGAAAGGAGAUUUAACGUUUGAAAUUGUUCAUGGACAUCCGGGCGCCCCCUGCUAUAACAUAUCAAACCGAAAGGUGUAUUUUAGUAUAAUAAUGCAAUGGACACCUUUCUGUUUAGGAGUGGUUACAAAUAUUAUCCUAUUGCUAGGUUUAUACCGAAAUGGCUACAGACAAUGCACGUUUGGCCAAUAUGCCUAUUGUAUAAUCCGCUUAAAGAAAAUAUUGUGUUUCCACCAAACGUACUUUUUGAAAUAGUAAUCCAAGAUGACGUAGCCCACAUAACAGGAUAGUUUUACUCUAACAUUUUCUUCUAUUCUACAAUUUGAUGUUUACAUCGCAUUUCAAUUUUUACCAACGAUUUGUCACACAAAUAGUUUGUCAAACAAACAGCUUGUCACACAAACAGCUUGUCACACAAACAGUUUGCUACACAAAGUUUGCUACACAAACAGUUUGCUACACAAACAGUUUGCUACACAAACAGUUUGCUACACAAACAGUUUGCUACACAAACAGUUUGUCACAUAAAGUACACAACGUUAUUGGUCUUUGCUUGAGAUAAAAAAUUAGCAAAUACAUGGCCCCCAGAUUAAUACAAUAACGUUUUUAUUCGCCAAAAGGCUACUACACGAAAACACCACGCAAAAGACCCGCGAAUUGGAAAGCGGCGUCAAGCUCAUCUCCGUGCACUUCAACCAUCUUAUUUAAUCUGUAGCUUAACAAACAAGUUUUUACUAGUUUUAAUGGAAGGAAUACAGCACAUAAUAAUUCGAAGGUUUACUUCCAAAUUAUGGUUAGUCAAUUAUAUUAAUAAUCGAGCAUUAAGGCGUUUACACGAACUUCUCUCGCAUAAUUAAAUUUGGCAACACAAAAAAAUCCCACCAUUGCUUAAAUGACAGAUCGACCUGCAUCAUAUUUUAACUGCACGUCCCGAUUUCAUCACAAGUCAGUCAUGAUUUUUGUAUAGGCCUAUUUAUUCGAGAUUACUUUAUUCGCAUAUAGCCUGUGGUUAGAAAUGUGGUUUAAAAGGCAACAUGUCUCUGGUAAAAUGGUUUAUAAAGAUAAACUGUCUUUCUUAUCUUGCACUUAGUCUCCGCGAAAUGCAUUCCGAAACACUUCAAAAUGUGUUUCUGUCCAGUAGUUUAGGUAGGCUACACUCUUAUGUGUAUUAAAUGAAGUAGGCCUAAUAUUAGAAAUAAUCUUUAUUUGGGCCAGUUCUGUGUGCAAGUUGAAUUAGAAACAGGCAUUAUCAACGUAAAAAAACUAAACAAAAAAAACGUUAAAACAAGUUAAUAUGCCUAAAGUAGGCCUAGCCGGUAAUUAGAUUUGAAUUUCAGAGGCUAUAUCGAAAUUCAAUAUUUAACGUUAUUGUUAAUAGUCAUAUUGAUUCAUUAUUAAUAUUAUCAUCAUUAGACAUUAUUACAUGUGCCAUCAUUUUUAUUACAUGUGCCAUCAUUGUUUAAUAAUCGCUUGUUGAUUUUCAAAUAAUAUAGAAGCGCAGCGAAAUUUAGAUUAAUGGAAGUAGAUAGCACUUUUCGUCCAUUAUAAAGUAUAUAGCCCACAGACUAUUUGUCUUGUUCAGUCACUGUGUAUUUUUGUGUUGUUGUACCUUAUCUAUUUGGAUGGAACGAUGAUAUGAGCGAAAAUGAGUCUUUUUGCAGUAGGAAACUAUGACAAUAUUUUGAAAUUGUUGCCAUUAUGUUGUACUACAGUUGCGUACAGAUUCCCGUGUUCAUAAGUAAUGGUUACGGUUUUAGUAGUCAAAACCAAUUCAAUCUUUAAUGAAAUUGAUGUUUAAGAAAUACAAUAUGUCUACAUUGUGCA